AUGGAGUGGCAACGUUCGGGAAGGAAGUUAUUCAGGGGUUUAACUCCAAAAUGGGACUGCUUCCCUUUUGGAGGGAGACAAUCGGGUGCUGGCGUUACCCUCUCUUCUUUUUAUUUCUCAGCUUUUCCGGAUAGGUGCAAGGCAAUCGAUAUGUUCAAGCUUUUUGGUUGUGUGGGGGAGGUGGUGGAGGUGGUGAUACCUCCUAGACGGAACAAGUUUGGAAGACGGUUCGGUUUUGCUAGGUUCAAAGAAGUGGUGGAUGAGAGAAUGGUUGUUGUAAGGCUAUACAACAUUUUGAUAGAUGGGAAGAAAAUACAUGCUAAUCAACCUAGAUUCCUAAGGAACGGAAGGCAAGAGGGCUUGGUUGUGGAUCAGAAGCGGGUGGAGGGUCCUAAGGUGUUUAUUCCGGGUGUUAAAGAUCAGUGGGUGGUGAAAUCAAAAACGUUUGCAGAUAUCGUUCAGGGUGGUAGUAAGAGGGAAGAGUCUCAAUCGAAGGAAGUCCCAUUGGUAUUUUCCUCUGGCUCAGAGUUAAAGAGUAGAUGGAAGAAGGCUUAUGUUGGUGAAGUUUUGUUUCCUGGUGAAUCUUAUAACAUUCAGACUCACCUAGAAAUUGAAGGUUUCUUUUCGAUUAAGGUCUAUCCGAUGGGAGCUAAUUUAUGUCUGCUUGAGGAGAUGGUGGAAGGUUUCAUUAAAGAGCUGUUAGAGGAAGGAAAAUGGUGGUGGCAACAGUGGUUCAAAACGAUUAAACCUUGGCAUGAAAAAGAAGUAGACACGGCAAGGGUAGUGUGGGUUAGAGUUUAUGGGGUGCCUUGCCAUGCUUGGAGUAAUGACUUCUUUGAAACACUAGCUAACAGAUUGGGUUUGUUCAUUUGCUUGGACGAGAACACUAUGACUGGAAGACGCAUUCCGCUGGAGAAGUCCUAUAUGAGAAUAGAUCCUGCUGAGGAUACAUGUGAAUCUUUGCUGAGGAAAGAAAACUCGGUGGGGAAGAUGAAUAUUUCUGCAAGGCGAGCUACUGGGGAUAUGAGAGAUCCGCUGGGGAUAAGGAACUCAGCAUAA